CUGCCAAGACCGCUAGAAGCCCCUUCUCAUCUAUCCUCCCUGGGCCGGGGCAAGCUGGGCUGAGGUGUCCCAGGCGGGCGGGGCGGAGCCCAGAGCCCCUUCGAGAGCGCUGCGGAGCGAACCUCACCUCCUUUCCAAGGCGCAAGUGUGAGCCAUUGCCCUGUGCUGUGUUGAUGCUGGUCUGCCAUGCUCGCCUGUCUGCCAGGGCCAGGGGACCUGUCCUUUCAGCUUCUUUCUCACACGCAGAUGAACACUGGACUUCAGAAAUGGGACACUACACAGAAAAUGAGAACUGCUCACUAUCCUACCCCAGCCGAAUUGGACGCGUAUGCUAAGAAGGUCGCAAACAACCCACUGACUAUAAAAAUCUUCCCCAACAGUGUGAAGGUUCCCCAGCGGAAACACGUUCGUCGUACUGUGAACGGCCUCGACACAUCAGCCCAGCGCUACAGCCCCUACCCGACUCAGGCUGCCACCAAGGCAGGCCUGCUUGCCAUUGUCAAAGUGCCAGCCAAAAGCAUACUCAAGGACUUUGACGGCACCCGAGCCCGGUUACUCCCUGAGGCCAUCAUGAACCCCCCAGUGGCACCCUACGCUACUGUGGCACCCAGCACUUUAGCCCACCCCCAGGCCCAGGCUCUGGCCCGCCAGCAGGCCCUGCAACAUGCACAGACCCUGGCCCACACCCAUGCCCCUGCCCAGACGCUGCAGCACCCUCAGGGUAUCCCGCCGCCACAGGCACUGUCUCACCCUCAGAGCCUCCAGCAGCCUCAGGGCCUGGGCCACCACCCUCAGCCCAUGGCCCAAACCCAGGGCUUGGUCCACACUCAGGCCCUGGCCCACCAGGGUCUCCAGCACCCGCCUAAUCCCUUGCUGCAUGGAGGCCGGAAGGUGCCAGACUCAGAUGCGCCCCCGAAUGUGACCGUGUCUACCUCAAGUAUCCCCCUUUCGAUGGCGGCAACCCUGCAGCACAGCCAGCCCCCGGACCUGAGCAGCAUCGUGCACCAGAUCAACCAGUUUUGCCAGACGAGGGCAGGCGUCAGCACUACCUCAGUGUGUGAGGGCCAGAUCGCCAACCCCAGCCCCAUUAGUCGCAGUCUGCUCAUCAAUGCAAGCACGCGGGUCUCGACCCACAGCAUCCCCACACCAAUGCCUUCCUGUGUGGUCAAUCCCAUGGAGCACACCCACGCGGCCACGGCCACACUGCCUGCCGCAGGCUCUGUCAACCUGCCCACAGGCAUCUCUCGAGCCCCUGCUGGCUACCCUAGGGACCUCAAACCAGUUGCCUGGAACCAGCACCAGCUGGCCCACCUACAGCAGAUGUGCAGCGAGGCUGGUGGGACACCAGCCCCUGGCCUAGCAGGCAAGCAUGCAGCAGGACGCGAGUUGGCAGCACCCGGCUUUGUGGCCAAAGCCCCUGCCUACCCGCAGGAACUCUGCCUGGCACAGUCCUUUCAUCUGAAGCCACCCCUGGAGAAGCCGACCCCGUCCCCACCAGUCAACGGCCUGGCAGCCCCACUGGCCUACCCCAAUGGUCACUACUUCCAACCCCUGUGGAACAACAUUCUGCCCACUCCCAAUAGCGACAGCUCGGGGUCUCAGGACCUUGCCAUGCCAUUCCACGGCGGGCAGGCUACAGGUACACCCCUCGACUGUGCAGCAGCUCCUGGGGUCCACUACCGAGCGGGGACUGGGGGUGGUCCAGUGGCAAGCCAGAACAGCUUGAUGCAAACAGUGGAUUACCUGAGUGGGGAUUUCCAGCAGGCCUGCUUCCGAGAACAGAGCCUGGCCGUGCUGAGCAAGGCCCAUCGAGUCCCGGGCAGCCGAGCCCCUGAUCCCACAGAUAGUCGAAGUCUUCAUAUUCAGCAUCCGGGGUAUAGAUAGGGAGGGUACUUUCCUGAAGCAACAUGUCAUACAUCACCCUCCUAGGUUUAGUCUUACUUUUAAGUAACUGGAUAGUUUCAAAGUUUCACUGCUCCAGUGUGAUCAUUCUUAGACGUCUAAGGAAGGGAACUUGACAGGAACUAAUUGGGGGCAGAAGAGGUCCUCUUAUCCUCCCCUCCAGCAGCUUUUAUGUUAGGACCUAACUAACCGUAGGCUCUUCUCUACCUGCCUGUCAGGCUGUGCACCUCAGCCAUUUCAGACCAUCCUCCCAUUUAUUCCUGAACCUCUGCCUAUUUCCCUUAGAACUAGGGUGUGACUAAAGAAAGAGGCCUAGGCCCCUAAACGCUAGGCCUCUCCUCUCUUUGGGAUUAAGAAGCCAGACUUUCCAAGUGCUCUGGAAACUAAUUCCUUACUCACCCAAAGAUCUCAAAUCAGAACUAACCCAAUCUUUGUCUCUUCCCAGCUCCUUUCCAUUACUCGAGGCCAUAGCCUUGAAAAAUGGAGAAAAAUCUUUUAUUGGUGUCUUGGUUCCUGACUCUCCUUCCAGACCUAGAGAAAUGCAGUGGUCAGCUGGCAUCCCAGGAUCCCUUCUCACUAUUGUCCGUCUCCUAUCAUAACUGCUGUUCUCAUCCCUACCCACCCCCCCCCCAAAAAAAGCAAAAAAAUAAAACUACCUUAUGUGAGAAAUUAGGUAGGUGGGAUGAUCACAUUGGAGUUUGGAAUUAAAAACACCAAAAAAGAAAAAAAGAAAAAAAAAAGUUAAAAUGCAUUUGGUUCUCCCUACACUGGCUAAGAAUAUUGCUCUACACUGUAAGUUUUAACUGUCAUGUUUCUGUACGAAUGUAGUGUGGGUUUGAGUAGCAUUGUGUAUGAGUGGCCCCACAGGUACACUGACCCUCCUAAUCACCUCCUUUUGCAGCCCCUCAGAUUAAUGGAGAAAAAAAAAAA